AUGAUGCACAUCAAGCAAACCCUGCCCGAUAUCAAAGCCCGGAUUUCGUCCUCCCUUCAGAAGUAUACCGCCGAACUUUCGCAGUUGGGAGAUUCCAUGCUCGGCAAUAGCGCUAACAUCAUCCUGAACAUCAUCACGGAGUUCAGCAAUGAGUAUCGUACGGUGCUGGAGGGUAACAACCAGGAGCUGUCCAGCAUUGAGUUGUCGGGUGGUGCUCGUAUCAGCUUCGUGUUCCACGAACUUUACUCCAACGGUAUCAAGGCGGUGGAUCCUUUCGACCAGGUCAAGGAUAUUGAUAUCCGAACGAUUCUCUACAACUCUUCGGGUUCAUCGCCUGCGCUUUUCGUUGGAACCACCGCCUUCGAGUUGAUCGUCAAGCAGCAGAUCAAGAGACUCGAGGACCCCAGCACGAAGUGUAUCUCCUUGGUGUAUGACGAACUGGUCCGCAUCCUAUCACAGCUCCUGAACAAGCAGCUGUUCCGCAGGUAUCCCAUGCUGAAGGAGAAGUUCCACGCUGUGGUCAUCAGCUUCUUCAAGAAGUGCAUGGAGCCGACCAACAAGCUUGUUCGCGACUUAAUCAACAUGGAGGCGUGCUACAUCAACACCGGUCACCCUGAUUUCUUGAACGGACACCGCGCCAUGACCAUUGUAAAUGAGCGUCAAGCCGGCAGUAAGCCUACUCAGGUUGACCCGAAGACGGGCAAGCCUCUCCCUCCCCGGGCGAACAGCCCGUCGGUCGAUCUCGGCAACACGGAAAGCGGCAGCGGCUCUGGCUUCUUCGGCAGCUUCUGGGCUUCGAAGAACAAGAAGAAGAUGGCGGCCAUGGAGGCCCCACCGCCAACCCUCAAGGCGUCGGCCUCUUUGUCUGAGCGCGAGAGCACCGAAGUCGAAGUCAUCAAACUUCUCAUUACGUCUUACUUUAACAUCGUGAAGCGGACCAUGAUUGACAUGGUCCCGAAGGCCAUUAUGUACAUGCUUGUCCAAUUCACCAAGGAUGAGAUGCAGCGCGAACUCCUCGAGAACAUGUACCGCAACAACGAACUAGACGAGCUCCUGAAGGAAAGCGACUACACGGUGCGGAGGCGCAAGGAGUGCCAACAGAUGGUGGAGAGCCUGUCUCGCGCUAGCGAGAUUGUCAGCCAAGUCCAGUAA